CAGUCGCCUUUGAUUAUCAGUUGCCAGCAGCCUCUCUCUUGGCUCCUUGACACGAGCACCAUAUAAGGCGCAGCGAUCUCCAUAGAAACGUGUCAGUUUCAAUAGUAGUGUCAAAGUUCACUAUAUACAGACAUUCGCGCAGAUCCCCGUUUCGGAAACAUUGCUGCGCUGGUCCUCCCGUUUAAGCGCAUUCAUUUUUCGGGUCUCUCCUUCUUCUUGCAUAUUCUAUUAGGUUUUUUUUUCUUUUUAUCUUUUCCCCCGUUCGCUCUAUUUCUAUUGGAGAGGUGAAAACUACACGGACACUUCGGCACCGCGUUUUUUUGCUGGGGCGAGAUGAGGUUUAUUUAAGAAUAUAGAUGUGCAAUCCUCCCCUCCUGCAGCGAAAACGGGAGUAAGGAGCGAGGAAGAAAAGAGAAAGGAAUUUAUUUCUCCGCAGCACUUUGGAUCGCGUUGUCUUGCAGAAAAGAUUUGAUGCUCGUUUCUGCGUCCAUGUGAAUCGCCCUGUCUCCUUUGUGGCUAUUUUAUACAGAACUGCAAUUUGUUACGUCUGGCUCCGGUUUUUCUACAAGAUUUUAGUUCCUGAAUGGCUGUGUGCAAUUUACCUUGGAACUGGCCUCCCGAUACUUGCACAUCCUGAUCGGGUGCCUUUUUCUAUCGCCUAUUGCUAUUUUGAAUGUAUUGAUCGCUCCUAUACUCUCUCUGCGCAACCUAUGAGAUCGCUCGCUCAAAUUUGACUUUCCACUGUCGUCCUUUUUUGCGAGAUCUCUCUCUCUUUUUCUCAUCGGCACGGUCCACAUACACCAGCGAACAUUUCGCUUUAUAGCACUUUUCGUGGCCGAGAUAUGGCAAUGGUAGUCAGCGUGUGGCGCGAUCCGCAAGAAGAUGUGGCCGGAGGACCUCCGAACGGCCCCAACCCAGCAGUUCAGCCGGCGAGGGAGCAGCAGCAGACGGCGUCGGCGGCGCCGCACACCCCGCAGACUCCCAGUCAACCGGGACCCCCGUCCACACCGGGGGCUGCCGGCGACAAGGGGAGUCAGAAUUCCGGACAAAGUCAACAGCAUAUAGAGUGUGUGGUGUGCGGAGACAAAUCGAGCGGCAAACACUAUGGCCAGUUCACCUGCGAGGGAUGCAAAAGUUUCUUCAAGAGGAGCGUUCGGAGGAACUUAACGUAUACGUGUCGUGCCAAUAGGAACUGUCCCAUUGACCAGCACCACCGCAACCAGUGCCAAUAUUGCCGGCUGAAGAAGUGUUUGAAAGUGGGAAUGCGGCGGGAAGCGGUUCAGCGAGGACGAAUGCCUCCAACCCAACCGAACCCAGGCCAGUACGCCCUCACCAACGGAGACCCGCUGAACGGCCACUGCUAUCUCUCCGGAUACAUCUCGUUACUGCUGCGGGCCGAGCCUUACCCCACGUCCCGCUAUGGAAGCCAGUGCAUGCAGCCCAACAAUAUCAUGGGCAUCGAGAACAUCUGCGAGCUGGCGGCUCGCUUGCUCUUCAGCGCCGUGGAAUGGGCGAGAAACAUCCCCUUCUUCCCCGAUCUGCAGAUCACCGACCAGGUGUCCCUUCUCAGGCUGACGUGGAGCGAAUUGUUUGUGCUUAACGCGGCUCAGUGCUCCAUGCCUUUGCAUGUGGCCCCUCUGCUCGCCGCGGCCGGCCUGCACGCCUCGCCGAUGUCCGCGGACCGCGUCGUGGCUUUCAUGGAUCACAUUCGGAUCUUCCAGGAGCAGGUCGAGAAGCUCAAGGCCCUUCACGUGGACUCGGCAGAAUACAGCUGUAUCAAGGCGAUAGUGCUCUUUACAUCAGACGCCUGCGGCCUGUCAGACGCAGCUCACAUUGAAAGCCUACAAGAGAAGUCCCAAUGCGCCUUGGAGGAAUACGUGAGAAGCCAGUAUCCUAACCAACCAAGCCGCUUUGGUAAGCUCUUGCUACGACUGCCGUCACUGCGCACCGUCUCCUCCUCAGUCAUUGAGCAGCUGUUCUUCGUGCGCUUGGUAGGUAAAACCCCUAUUGAAACGCUCAUCAGGGAUAUGCUACUAUCCGGGAGCAGCUUCAACUGGCCUUACAUGUCCAUUCAAUGAUUCGUAUGAGAGAGUGAAAAGAGAAUAAGGACCAAAAUUCAGCAUCCCCUAAGAAGACUAUAUAUAGGACCUGGUCUGAAAGACUUGGAAGUCGUGACUUUUUUUCCUUUUUUUAUAUUCUGUCUUCUGGGACUGAAAUGGAAUACAUUAUGUACAGAAAAUAUGGAACUGGACUUUACACCUGUGUAAAUCGCCUCUCAUCUUCAAGAACAAUACCCUUCAUUUUGUAAAAUACUAGUCUUUAUUUUCCUUUUUGUAAAAAAAAUACAAAUAAAAUGAAAAACAUCAUAUGCGCAGUAAGUAAAAAAAAAAAGAAUCAUGACUUAGCGGGAAAAUAAUGUUUCCAAGCAAUUAUAAGAAUUGUCCUGUGUCUAUGUACCUCUCUGUUUUGUAUUUUUUCUGGUUCUAAACCAGGGUUUCUGUGAUUCUAUACUAAUAAUUUUUUGAUAUAACCUUUUGCUUCUUAUAAUGAGUGCGAUAUAUGUUGUCGAAGCUAUGUUCUCCAAGAAUUAAAAUUGAAGUGAGAAUUUAAAACAGAAAAAUAAAAGAAAUUUAGACAAAUAAGAAACACGUCUAAUCGCUAUGACAAUAUCACCACUGAUGGUUGAACUUUGACCUAUUGCUAAUAUGGACCUGCAACCGCAGCCAACUGACCUCGAGGACAUUUUUACUAUAAAGAGGACGUCUGUGGCGCCUUUUCCCGGCCACGAGUGCGCGUGGAGCCGAUCAUCAGUCAAAGAGGAGAGACAUGAAAAUCAAAAGCACUUUUAAUAUAUCAUUUCAAUUACAUUUUUUGUUUGUUUUGUCUUUAAAUUUUCAUUGUUUCUUGGAUUUUAUUGGUUGUUGCCUUCAAUUUGCUUACUCCAUGAUGCAGCUUUUGCAAAAAAAGGGUCGGUUGAUGAAGUUGUGUGAUGGUGACUGUAAUAUUAAAAAAGAAAUAGGCAACAA